ACCAAUCUCCUUGCCAUAUAUCUGGCAUGAAUGCAGGAUGCUUUAAAAGUCAACAAUGAACUCAUUGUAGCUGCCAACCUUUUGUUUUCUUCUCAAACUACCAUUCUCUCAAGCCUGCUCCUUUGCUUCUCUAAUAGUGCUUCCCAUGGCAACUCCUCGGUGAGCAGAUCUCAGAAGAAAGAGAAGCGAGAGAGAGAGAGAUGUGUCCUUUGAGAGUGCUGUUGAUCUUUCUAUCAGCCACCUUGGCUGGUUUCUUUGUGAUCAGAAACCUCAAGACCCAGCCAGAGCUCAAUGAAGAACAGCAGGAAGAAGACUCCUCUCCAGCACAGCUUCCCCUUUCCACCAAGGUUCGAUCAGCAAUCGGAACCGGGUUUUGGACUUGUGUUGAUAUGGCAAGUGGGAGGUACUUGUGGAGGAUUGUGAUGGCUCCUGCUGCUGUAGAGAAGAUUUGCUGAGAGCUCUGUGGGAAGAGGAGGUUCUUGUUGCCUCUUCUUUCUUUGCUCUCUCUGCAAGCAAAAAGAAAAAAAUCAUUGUCUACAAAAAGAAGCAAUGUUACAAAUUGUAGAACAACUGAAGGAAAUCUUAAAAUUAUUGAGCAUUUGAUACUUGUUCAAUUGCAAAUUGUAGAUCGACUGAAGGAGAUCUAAAAGUUAUCAAGCUUUUAAUAC